GCAUUCCACAGUCGGUCCGGAAGAUCAAUUUGUGCUUAUUUCAAUGCCACUCUUUUCCAGAAUGAAUGAGCAAGAAAGCAGGUAUGGAGCUGGCGAGGCCAUCGGCAUCGGAAUCUUUCCAAAAGCAGGACCUGGCCGUCGUCCCCAAGCCUGAUGACACCAAGGCGGAAGAACCAAAGGCUCGAUGGCCUUAUAUGGAUCCAUGGCCUUAUAUCCGCAAUUUACCUGAUGGUAGGAGGAUCAUAAUCUCAAGGAAGAACCCACCUACUGAGCAUCCUUGCGCUUAUACCGAGAUGCCCCCUGAUGAUCGUGGUACUUUCUCUGAAAAAUCAAAGCUCCGUCUCCCUAGUUGGCCCUUCCCUCGUGCGAGAGUCACUCGCGAAAUUCCUGCUGCAUGUAUGAUUUGUUCCUUGGUGGAUGAACACAGUUCGACUCAAUGCCCAUACCUUGAUCUUCUCCCGAAGAAUGCAACUGUUAGCAGUGACUGUGACGUAGUUUGUACGAUUUGUUAUCAAUUGUUUUCAGGGCACUGCUGUAACCAAGAUGCUGGACGUGCUAAGCUCAGGUUAUGUGAUAAUUGUAUGAGGAUUGGCGACCACCGGACAUCUCAGUGCCCGGAGAAGAAUAGGCGCUUAAGCUACAGGCAGCUACUGGCAGUCUCAUUGACAUCCUAGAUUUUUCUCUCUGAGGAGAUAAGUAGUUGAGGAGAAAGUGUAAUCUGGCUUUGCUUCUGCUGUGUGUUUUGAGGAGAAAAGUUGUCUUGUUUUAUACACCAAGGCCUUAAUCUUUUACCCCAAUGUUUGUCUAUCUGAUGGCUAUUGGUUUAUGUCAUAGAAUUUGUUGUGUAAUAUCAAUAUCCUAGUUUAAUGAAAAUAUGAUUUGAAAAACAUAUGUGAAGAUAAACUUUACAGAGUACACUUUCUAGUUAUGCCAAUCAAAUAUGUGUUGACUGCUCCU